AAUCAAAUAGCUUCGACAUUUGAGUGGUCGCCGCCUGUCUAUCGCCAUUUGCGGGGUCGCCGCCGCACCAUAACCAUCGCCCAGUCGUCGCCUCCCUCCCCGCCGUUGCCGCCACACAUGCGGCACUGCAAACUCAAUUGUUCUUGGUUUUCUUGCUAAUUCCGUUGGCAAAUAGCUCAUUAUCGACACCCCCCACACCCCCACCAUAGCCAGUGGAAGAUGAGGUUUUUGAACUGAGCCCGAGUGGAACAAAGAGAUUUCGGAGCAUGGGAGCAAAUUAUGCCUCCUCGAAACCAAUCUUCUUUUGCAGGGAAACUCUGAACUUGGCACUUCCCUUUCAAAGCAGAAACACAAAACUUCCAACCAUUGGUUACAGAAAUCCAGCAAUAAAAUGCAGUGCUCGGUUUCGGCCUUGCAUUGAUAUACACAAGGGGAUAGUAAAGCAGAUUGUUGGAUCCACGCUGCAAGACACUAAGGAUGGAGAUUCAAGUCUUGUAACCAAUUUCGUAUCUGAUAAGUCAGCUGCUGAAUAUGCUAAGACUUAUAAAGGCGAUGAGCUCACAGGCGGUCAUGUAAUCAUGCUUGGAGCUGACCCCCUGAGCCAAUCAGCAGCAAUUGAAGCAAUACUUGCUUAUCCUGGUGGCUUGCAAGUCGGAGGCGGUAUAAAUUCAUCUAAUGCAGUAAGUUACAUAGAAGCAGGAGCAAGCCAUGCUAUUGUUACCUCUUAUGUAUUCAAGAAUGGGCAAAUGGACACUGACAGACUUAAAGAGCUUGCCCAGGUUGUUGGAAAGCACAGACUUGUUCUAGAUCUCAGUUGUCGUAAAAAGGAGGGUAAGUAUGUAAUUGUCACGGACAGAUGGCAGAAGUUUAGUGAUGUGCAUCUAAAUCAGAAAGUGCUGGAUUUUCUUGCCCGGUAUGCAGAUGAAUUUCUAGUCCAUGGAGUUGAUGUUGAAGGAAAAAAGUUGGGGAUAGAUGAAGAGCUUGUCACAUUGCUUGGAAAACAUUCCCCUAUUCCUGUUACCUAUGCUGGUGGCGUCACUACAAUGGUGGAUUUAGAUAGGAUAAAAAUUGCGGGGAUGGAUCGUGUGGAUGUUACCGUGGGAAGUGCUUUAGACAUAUUUGGUGGAAAUUUGGCGUACAAAGAUGUUGUGGCUUGGAACCGACAGCAGGAAUGUGUUUGACGGUUUAAUGCCCUUCCAUGGUUCAUCCAAAUUCUGGGUUGGAAGAGCCGAAUUUUGAAGUGUCUUGCAGAACUUUCUUGACGCGGUCGUACUAAGUGGAAAAAAGACAGUCAACUAGAAAGUUGAACACCCAAGGCAUAAAUCUAGGUGCAAAGACGCAACCUAGACGCGAGUUCUUUAGAUAUAUUAGACUUUUUAAGGAUGAGGUUAAAUUAUUCAGAGUAGAAACCUGUUCUUCAUUUAUGUUAA